AUGUCAGAAGAGGUCAGCGAAGAAGAAGUAUCCCUGCCUGAUCAGUUGCCCAUAAUAACGGAAAGUUGCUCCACAGAGUCGGACGAGCCACUACAUAAGGUCCACUCGCUGAGAGGGUCAACAAUUAAACAACGAAGAUCCACAAAACUAAACGACGUUCUGAAGCCGAAACAGUCGAUCAUCCCCAGAUAUUUCACUUCAAGCAAAACGGCCACUGACAACAUUGCCAGAGAUUUCAAGAAGGAAAUAUCUCCUUUUGAAUACCCCAGGGAUAUAGAGUUGUUUGCGCACGCAGUUAUGACCAAAGCCUGGAGGGAUGACAAGAGGAUUCGGGAGUUGCAGAACAAGGUUCAUAAUAGACCGAACUAUAGAGGCAGACAGAAGAGAGAUUCGUUGAAUCGACUUUAUGUGGAGAAACCUGUUAUAACAGAAGGGAAGACGGUGCUCAAUAUGGAUCCAAAUUAUUACACUGUAGUUGGAGGCAAGCCUAUUCGUAACAAACUAGACAUCAGGGAGUACAUCCAAACAGUUAGGGAAUCCCUGAGGACGAAAAUUGUGACUGGUUUCAGAGAAGAUGACAUACUGCUGAUAGACGAAGAGUUGAAGCUAGAACAAAAAGUAAUAGACACUAUAAGAGAAAACUUACAGCAAUAUAUAAACAUUUUCGAGCAAUUUUUAAUCAUCGACCACAGGACGGCUAUGAAUCUUUUACAGCAGUCCGAAACAUCGGCAACUGCGGGGUAUGCUAAAUACAUGGAGCACAAUGCAGUGGCUAAGAAAUUUGCAAACCUGCACUCUUCCCUGUACAAUGUGGAACAGAAAUGGAAGCAGUGCAAAACUUACCAGAAAUUUUUGUACGCCGUCAGUCCUCUGACGUGGAGGAUGGAGCAGGACUGUCCGAAAAAUAGAAGAACCAGUAUUUACAUGUUGCAGCAGAGACCUGGGGAUGCGUCCGACAUAUAUGCGAAUUACCGAUUGUCUCUCGCAGAAAGAGGCUUAUCGUUGCAAGAUAUUAUACAGGAAUUCAGAGAGGAGAUUGCUGGCGAAAAGGAUGCGGCGUUAUAUUUUACUGAGCCGGAGCAGCUGCUGGAUGUUCUUAAAUUCAUUGAAAUGCAAAAUCUCAACUCGUUACUUCACUCUGAAGGGCUGGCUGUGCCAUUGGAGAACGUCAAGGAGGGCAUGAAAACAGCGGUGACGUUAUUCGAUAACCAAAUAAAAAAAUUAGAAGAAAUCAUUGAACAGUUGGAAGGGGGUAUAUCAUGGGAGGAACAACGCGUAAUAUACCUCGAGGAACUUGCAGUGAAGCUAAUCAAAACGGAGUUGAAAAACGUGAUUAUAGACGAAAGUAUUCUUAAUUUGCACGUUUUUGUUGAGGAUAUCUAUGAAGCUAUAUUGGGACCGAAUGACGCAAACCUCAGCCUCUGGGAAAUGAUGAAGGCCGUUGAGGAAAGCUAUAGACAUGAACUGCUCUUGAUGGACAAGGUGCCUAGCGUACAAGUUGCGCAGCUGGAAGGCAGCUACUAUAAAGAAGAAAUGUUGGUGAUGAAAUUGGCGGAAAGGGCUAGCAAACAACACGACGAAUUGGAGAAAAUCACUGUGAACUUGAACAAGGCUUACACGCCUCCAGCAGGAACUGCUUUUAUAAGAAGGCCUAAGAACAGAAGCCCCCCACUAAAACAGCCCCUCAAGGAAGAGGAACCACCCCUUCAUUUAACUGCAGAAGAAGGAGAAUUCCUUGAAUUUUUUACAGAGUUCUGUGAAUAUACAGAUAAUCCUGGCAACUACGGAAUUCAACGCUUUUCACAAGAUGCGACAAAUAAUAAAACAAAAAAGCUCGCGGAGGAAGCAGCUAAAAAUGUGACUUUUGAGUGA